GCUCAAGCACCUGUACAACGCCCAACCGUUAAUCCAAAUCUAUGCGCCGAUCUCAAUCCAGAAGCGUGUCCAGCCAUAUUCACGUUGGUGGAGCAAGAUACACUUCCAAACCAACUUGAUCCGUAAAAACCGAUUCUUUGCUUAUUUAAUUUAUUUUAAGCAAUAA